AUUUAAACGUUGUCGUUGUUGUUGUUGUUUUCGUCCUCGGGCAAACAUAUUAUCAUUCCAGGCAGAAAGCAGACAUUUAUAUGAUUACAAAAAUACAUUUGAAGACACAACUUGCUGCUGGAUAACACAUGAAACCUUUUUUAACGUUUCCCUUAAAGUGAUAUAGCGUCAUGUGAACGCCACACAGCUGGACGGUUACCAUGGCAACCAUGUUUCGUAAUUAAAAGGGCAUCAGUUUGUACUGUACACUCGUAUUUUCAAAUGAUUGUUUAACUAAAUACACUGUCACUUUUAAGUCACUGAAAAAGUACUAUUACAGCUCUAGUGCGGUAUCAGUUUUAGGCAGUAGAUGGCAGUAGCGGCUGUGUGUGUCACUGACACUGUAAAUUAAUCCCAUAGGCACAAAUUAGUCUGAAUGUUGAACAGUAGCAGGUAACAGGUAGCUAUUAUUAGCUGUAUUCAUCUGUCCUUUUGCUGUGUUUUCAGGUCUGAACACAGCCUUAAGUCGUCAUAUGCUUCAACAGAAGUGCUUAUUGGAUGGUCAAACAGCAUCAGAAACCUACCUGCCCCACACCUUCCUGGUAUCUGAAUUGUGGCUGUUUCUGAUCAUUUUUGUCACUUUCCAAAACUAACAUAAAUGACACGUAGCUAGGUGUGCUGAGGUGAGGCUAUUCCUCACUGCAGAACUAAACACCGGUGAUGUUGGAGCUUGUACCCCAUCAUCUGGCCUCCUCCCCCUACUGAUGCUGUGGCCUGCUGUUUAUGCUGAGCAGGUUGAAUUCCUCCACAUUUCAUCAGGUUGUUCAAUCAGGAAAACGAUGAAUCGGAAGUAAAGCUCCCCUGGGAGAGCACAGAACACCUAUACAGUCUCCCAGAGAUGAAUAUACAGUGAAGGUGUGGAGGAAAAACAAACAUCAUUACAAAUGAGGAACGAGGCUGUGACUGAAGCUGCAGGAGUUUGAGGAGCUGUCCAGAUGCUGAAAGAGAACCAGACAGCCUUUCAAUUAGAAAUAAGAGCUGAUGGCUCUGGAGGAACUGAUGUAAUUUUCUACACUGGGUGAGAAUAAACCAUUUAUCCGCUGCAGGUGACGUAAAGGUGCAGCUUGAACAUUUUAUUUUGUCGUUAAUUUGAGGCGAUAUUUUACUUCUGCAGGUUUCCAUAGCUAGAAAAUUGCACUUUAAAUAACCGGCUCAAUUUCAUACACGACAUUUCACCUAUUAAUUUAUUAAAACAAACAAACAAAAAAAGGAAAAAUACAACCUAAGGCAACAUUCACGCCCCUCAUUGCUUAUUUAUUUUCUGUUAGAAGCUCUUAAAACCAAUUUGGAGCCAAAUAACGAUCCGUCCAGCCAUAUAUCAAUAGCUUGAAUCUGCAACGAGUGUCAGUCGCAGCUCCGCUUGUAGGAGAAUGCAGGCAGGGGGGGUGGAGUUCACAGCUUUUACUUUUCAGACGCUCCUCUGGCAGAAGAGCUCAUUCUUUGCCUGGAAAACAGCGGAGUUAGCGCUGAUGUGUCCUGGCAUGUGAUCCCAGUGUAGCCAAAUCAAACGCCUCACCGCUGCAGCUUCCCAUUAAACUUUCUAUGCUGUUGCCCGUCCGAUGGACAGCACUUAGGAGGUUUGUCUGGACCGUAUCCGCUCCUGCUCGCUCGUCCACCGCGCUCCGGGUCUCCACCGUCGGCUCUCCAGGUUCAGAGGGACACUCGCGGCCCGGGGAGCUGGCCUGGGUCUCCCGCUAGCAUGGAGGGAGACGUUAUGGACAAAGUGGAGGCCACGGCGACGGUCCGUGACUUCGACCCCAUCAGUGGGAGCAUCCCGGCCACCAAAGUGGAGAUCACCGUAUCCUGCAGGAAUCUCUUGGACCGAGACACUUUCUCCAAAUCCGACCCAUUGGUUGUGUUGUACACCCAGGGCGUGGAGUCCAAACAGUGGCGAGAGUUUGGGAGAACAGAGGUGAUAGACAACACGCUAAACCCAGACUUUGUCAGGAAGUACAUCUUGGACUACUUCUUUGAGGAGAAGCAGAACCUGCGCUUUGACGUGUAUGAUAUUGAUUCUAAAAGUCCUGAUCUCGCAAAGCAUCCAACCGACUUUAACGACUUUCUGGGACAGGUCUACUGCACACUGGGAGAGAUUGUGGGCUCUCCUGCCAGUCGCCUGGAGAAACCUCUGGGUGGCAUACCUGGGAAGAAAUGCGGGACCAUUAUCUUGUCUGCUGAAGAGCUGGGAAACUGCAGAGAUUAUGCUACCAUGCAAUUCUGUGCCAACAAACUGGAUAAAAAGGACUUCUUUGGAAAGUCAGACCCCUUCAUGGUCUUCUACAGAAGCAACGAGGAUGGCACGUUCACCAUCUGCCACAAGACUGAAGUGGUGAAGAACACACUGAACCCUGUGUGGCAGUCCUUCUCUAUCCCCGUUAGAGCGCUCUGCAAUGGAGACUAUGACAGAACGAUCAAAGUGGAAGUUUAUGACUGGGACAGAGACGGAAGCCACGAUUUCAUCGGGGAAUUCACCACCAGCUACAAAGAGCUUUGUCGGGGUCAGAGCCAGUUAAAUGUCUAUGAGGUGGUGAAUGCCAAGAAGAAAAUAAAGAAGAAGAGAUACAUCAACUCUGGGACGGUGUCCUUGUUGUCAUUCAUUGUGGAGUCAGAGCACACCUUUCUGGAUUACAUCAAAGGAGGGACUCAGAUUCACUUCACAGUUGCCAUUGAUUUCACUGCAUCAAAUGGAAAUCCAUCCCAGUCCACUUCACUCCACUACAUGAACCCGUACCAGAUGAACGCCUAUGCCAUGGCCCUGAAGGCUGUGGGUGAGAUCAUCCAGGACUAUGACAGUGAUAAGAUGUUUCCUGCCCUGGGAUUCGGUGCUAAGCUGCCCCCUGAUGGGAGGGUGUCCCACGAGUUCCCUCUGAAUGGCAACAUUGAGAACCCUUACUGUAACGGUAUGGAGGGGAUUCUCGAAGCUUACCAUCAAAGCCUUAAGACGGUUCAGCUGUAUGGACCCACAAACUUCGCUCCCGUUGUUAAUCAUGUGGCAAGGUAUGCAGCGGCAGUGCAGGACGGAUCUCAGUACUUUGUCCUGCUCAUCAUCACUGAUGGCGUCAUAUCAGACAUGGCUCAAACCAAGGAGGCCAUUGUGAACGCUGCUAAACUCCCCAUGUCUAUCAUCAUUGUUGGAGUUGGCCAAGCUGAGUUUGAUGCCAUGGUUGAGCUGGAUGGUGAUGACAUCAGGAUCUCCUCGCGGGGAAAGUUGGCAGAGAGAGACAUCGUACAGUUUGUCCCGUUCAGAGACUACAUGGACCGCACAGGUAACCAUGUGCUGAGCAUGGCGCGGCUGGCUAAAGACGUACUGGCUGAGAUCCCUGACCAGCUGAUUUCCUACAUGAAGAGCAGAGGCAUUAAACCCAUCCCCGUCCCACCGGUUUACUCGCCCAGCGACCACCCCGAGACCAACCCCGUCUGAGUCACAACACGCAGCUCCGCGUCAGGGCGGGGGGGGGGGCCAGGCCGGCAUUUACGGGGAACCUGCCUCCAUCAACCAUCCUUUGACGGGAAAAUGGGGAUGAGGCCCUUUCCUAAAUAAUAAUCCGGCCAAACAAAAAAGAUGACAAGACUCCAUUUCGGUUCGGAGCAAUAAGACUGCUUUGGGGGGAACCUGCUGAUGAUCGGAUGAGCGCUUGCGGAUGAGAGCGCUGAGAGGAGCCCGCUGUAAAAGGAGGUUUUAGUUGUUCGCUGUCAAACCUGUCAAAGUGGUGAUGUAAUGGAUAGCAAGUAAACCCGUAGAGAGGGCCUGUUUGAAGGCAUAAAUAUAUUAGAAUGUGCCAGUGUGUAUCAUGUUUGUGAUACCUUUUGGAUGUGUGUUGAACUAGGAAAUCAUGUGUAUAGUAAUUUAUUUAUUUAUUUAUUUAUUGCAGAAAUAAUUUAUUCCUUUUGGGGGAGGGGUUUAAAGGGUGGGGAUCAAAGUCAUAUUUCCCCUGUAGUUUUCCAUCCUAUAUUUUGUGACCAGUCUAACCAAAAAAAAAAAAAAAAAAAAAAAAAAAUUCCCCAUUUCUACUUUGAUAAGGACUGUAAUAUAAAGCAUGUGAUAAAACCUGUUCAGCAGUUUAAGAAUCAUUUUCACUGAUAGUUUUUGAUGGCAAGCUGUUGUGUGGAGGAACCUGCUGUGAGCUGUUGCCAUACUGAUUUCCCAGCACUGCGUCUUAUACCUAUUUCUAAUAUUUAUAUUAACAGAAUGCACUAAUUACUGUCCAAAUAAAAAGCACAAAGGUUAUAAUGUUAAUAAGCUGAAAAGGAUUAUUUUGAAACAGCUGCCACAAUGAAGAUAAUGGAAAGGAGCCCAUGUUAUUAUGUUUUACACCAUCAUUUUAAACAGAAUGACAACAGGAAGAAUGUUUAUAUAAAAAAGAAAGAAAUCUUAUACUAAUAUAUUAAAAUUAACUUAUAUUUAUCACAAACAGUAUGUUUACAGAAAAACCGAUGAAUAAUUCAACGCACACGCCAGCUUUCCUUGUUAGUAUGCAGAGAGGUUAAUUACACUGCUUAAGUCAUGCCGCCAUAUCUCAUCCGUCAUCUCGCCGUUUCUUCGUCUGUUUCUUUCCAUUAUAUUUGUUGUGGUUACAGUUUAUUGUUUAUACUUUUAGGACCCUGCACAUAAACUUUCAAAAGACUGAUGUCAACUAACACCCACUUUUUUUUUCUUUUUUUUUUUUCUCCUUUUAAUUUGAUUUGUUGUCCCAAAAUAAAAACUGAACAAUCACAAAUCCUGCAACAGAGUUUGAGAAAUUUGGGGCGUUGAAUGUUUUUUAAAGUGAUCCAAGGAGAACAACAACUAAUUGCACAAAACAAAAACGGUCCAUCUUUUCUUAUGUGUGCAUUGUGUUAACUGUGUUUCUAAUUAACUCAGAGUGUUGCCACAUAAAAUCUUUUUACACCGAUGCCAAGAAACAGCCCAUUUUAUAAUAUAAUUGGGAUACUAUUUCAAUACUUAAGACACAAUUCCACAGUUUCUUUUUUUUACGAUUUAAAUCAAGUCAUUAUAUCCACAUUUCUUCACAGCAUUUUCUUUUUAGCAUCUGUGUAUAAAUGUUUUACGGCCUUUGUGGCCCAGUUGUGCACAUCCUAAGUUAUCUAUUUAUAACAGACAUUAUUUUCACUAGUAUCUCUCAGUCACUCAAUAUCUCGAUCCAAAUGUGCCUAUUAUAUGGAAACAUAUCCAAAUUCAGUUACCCAGGUGUUAUUCUGCCAGCAGCAGGUCUCACAUUUAAGAUGUACUCAAAGAAAAUGUCGGCGACGAUAAAACUGUUGCAGGAUUCGGACUAUUACAGCCGCGGUGUCGUGUACUUUUAUACUUGCAGCUCUUCACUAAUGAAAGUUGACGGCGUCGCUGAACUUUGUUGUACAAUAUUCAAAGUCAAGACUUGUUUACAAUUCAACUGUGGCCACUUCCAUUGCCUCAAGGAAAAAGUAAACAUUCAUGGGUUUCAUUGAAACAUUCAUUUAUUCUGGAUUUUCACUGAACGACACUGGAGAACCAACGUUUACACAGAUUUGUUGUGUUAUUCUCUUGUGAAUGUGAAGCUCUGAUUUCUCACUGACGUCUGUUUUGUUUUGUGUUCAGAGAAAACACGUUUACAUGUUGCUUUUACUUUCUUUGGUAGCCAUUUAAUGUUCUUUGUAGCUCCAGUGCUCUCACAGAGCUGAUAGUGUGAUGAUUCUGCAGAAACUCAGUUGAGAGGCAGUGAACUCCUUCUGUCACAGGCCCAGAUCCAUAUUUGACUUUUUUUUUUGUUCAUUAGUGAACAUUUCUCCCUCAGAAGACAAAGCAGCGUUUAAUCUGCUGCCAGAUUCACUUGUUCAUCACAACUGAAAUGAGGCCAUUAAGUUUUACUGCAUACCACACAUAAACACCAGUAUACCUCUAGAGGAAGCCAUUUAAGCCAAAAGGAAAUAAAUAAUACACACUGAAUGAAUUUGUUAUGAAAUAUAGAGUAUUUAAAGGAGUAUUAAUAACCUAAUUAUGUUAAAUUAUAAAUAUCUGAUCUAUUUACUUUGCAAGUAACCUCUUUUAAUUCUACUUUUUGAAGUAGCUAUAAUAGUAGAUCUUCGUAUUUUCAUGUUUUUCAUUUUAUGUCUAACAAAACAAGCUACUGAUGAGUCAUAGGAAAUGAAUUUGGAAAAGUUGGUCCUUUAGCAGCAUCAGUAUGCAGCUCAUUUACUGUGACUGUGAUCGCCAUAGAUCUCGCAAAUGUGUACGAGAAGAAGGUGAAAUGAAAACAUGUGAAGUGGAAGUGGGGCCAUAUGUUGUGUGCACAACACGUUUCAUGUAAUCAACACUACUCAAACUCAGUAUUGUAUUUUUCUUCUCUUUCUUAUAGAUUAUAAUGAGCUUCACUCUAUUUUUUUUCCUGAAAUGAGCACAGUAAUGACACUUAUGCAACUGUUGAACAUUAAAUUAUUAUGAUGUGUGUUUUCAUGCUUAUUUCGGUCUAAAAGACGUCUCUCCAAUGAUACAAUUAUUUCUUUUCUCUCGGUGGAAAUGGCUUUGAUCAUCCCUUCAUUUUGAAUUUUCUUUGAGGCUGAACUCUAAUUGUGUACAUAAGCCCCGUAUAAGGAAUAUUUCAGUGCCAAAAUGUGUUCGGUUGAACUUGGCCUCUUUAGACAUUGUGCAUGUUCUGUGCCAAAAAUGGCAGGAAGUUUGGUAGUCUGCCUUCAUUUCACCUGAUUAGUGCAUCUGCCAUGUGCUUCAUUUGUUACUUCGGGUGUUAUUUAGAGAUAACAGCCGCCUUUAGCAUGCUGCAUCUCUGGUUUCUUUCCAUUCUGUUCCUAUGAGACACAUACUGUAUGGGUUCUUCUUGCCACUUCUCCCUUUUUAUCCCAGGUUGUUUACAUACCUCUCUUGGUCUCUGACUUGCAUGCUGAAUAAUUUCCAAACCAGGUGUUGGACAUGAUAUUGUCGUCAUACUGUGGUUUGUGAAAUGCUUUGUAAUGGAUUGCCUUAACUGAAGAUUAAUAAAAUAUU